AUGCCUCUCGGUAACCUAAGAAAAGGAGAUAGCUCCGAUUCGAACUUAUGUGGUAUAGAGGCAGAUUUCGACUUUGAAAUUUCGUGCGUCGUCGAUUACCAUGUCAAAAUUGGAGAGUUCGAUUUCGUUGUUGCUCCUCUGAUUGAUCCUGAAUAUCGCCCAAGCUUAAAACAGGCUCCUCAAUGCGGGUCAUUUGAAGAAGUUGUGCCAUUCGUUGAGAAAGACAUAAGCAUGAGCCCAACCCAGUUCGUUGCUUGUGUAAUAGGAAAAAUAAGCACGUGGAUAGACUUGGAUUCAGAAAAUGAAAGCCUUAGGACGGAUUCUGAAACCGUUCUCAAAAAGGAACUAGAUUGGGCCUCUUAUCUCUCUUUGCGGGCUUGCCUCCUUCCAGCUCCUAAGGGAACUUUCUGCGCAAAUUAUGCUAGAUGCGUGAACCAAAUCAUGCAUAGCCUACAGAACAGCAUGCAGUUGUGGAUUCGGAUUCCAGUGGGGGAGACAGUUGAUGACUCUUUGGUUGAUUAUUGGAAGACAUGGAAUUCAUUCCGUCUGCUGUGUGAGCAUCAUAGUCGUUUGUGGGUUGCACUUGAUAAUUUGGGCGUUCAGCCUUCAGACGACUCAAUAGCACGUUGGUAUGGAGAGCCUGUUGCUGCCUUUAUAAUGCGUACAGAUUCCUUUUUGUCUAACCAAAGUGAUAGCUCUAAUAACCUCCCGAUGCAUCUUCAGAAGUUAAUUAUUGAUUGCUUUAACCGUUCUAUACAGUUCGAGACAAUAACCCCAUUUGUACGAUUUUUUGUUUUAUUGGUUCGGAAUCUUCUGUUUUUGUUCUUACUGAGUGUUUUCUGGACGUCAGAUUCAGGAAGAUAUCCUCUCCAGCCUUAUCGGGACCAUAUUGUAUUUCUAUACAAACGAAUGGAUCCUCUUACUGAGCGAGAACGUAUCGAGUUUCGUUACAGGGAUUUUCCACAGAAACUCUUCCAACCUCUUAAGAUAAAUCAAAAAGCUCUGACCUAUCAUGAUAAUGAGAAAGAUGCAACGAAAUACAAACUGUACAAAAAAGCAAUUUGUCAAGCCUUGCUGGACAGGGUUCCUGAUGAAAAAGCAUCUGAGAUCACCUUGGUAUUGGUGGUGGUUGGUGCAGGACGUGGGUGUCUUGUGAAGACCUCAGUACAAGCAGCUAAGGAAACUGGGCGGAAGUUAAAAGUUUAUGCUGUGGAAAAGAAUCCAAAUGCACUUGGUGCACUUAAUGGCUUAGUAAUGGCUGAGGACAUGGAGGAUAUCGUCACCAUAGUCACAAGUGAUGUGCGAUACUGGAAUGCCCCUGAAACGGCUGACAUAUUGGUUAGUGAAAUGCUAGGUACUUUUGGUGACAGUGAGCUGUCUCCUGAAUGCCUUGAUGGAGCCCAGAGGUUUCUAAAGGAAGAUGGAAUUUCAAUACCCUCUUCGUAUACAAGUUUCCUCCAUCCAGUGACAGCUUCAAAGUUAUAUGACAAAAUUAAGGCAGAAAAAGAUAUUUUACGGUUUGAAUCUGCUUUUAUUGUGAAAUUACUCAAUGUAACUCAGCUUGCGCCAUCUCAACCUGUUUUUACAUUCACACAUCCAAAACACCACUCUGACAAAGAAAGCAACAGCCGGCAUAAAAAAUUGCUUUUUUUUAUCCCUGACGACAGAGAGUCUGUAAUGGUACAUGGAUUUGCAGGCUACUUUGAUGCAACUCUUUACAAGGAUGUGCGAAUUGGAACUGAACCUUCUACAGCAACACCGAAAGUGUUCACUUGGUAUGCAAUGUUUUUUCCAUUAAGGACACCUACGUGCUUGCAUCGUGGUUCUUCCCUCGAAGUACAUUUCUGGCGCUGUUGUGAUUCUACAAAGGUUUGGUAUGAGUGGUGUGUUACAUCCCCCACUUUAUCUCCAAUUCACAACAGUAAUGGUGCUUUUGAUCUCAACUAUGUAAAUAAUACAGAUUUCUUGGGAAGUUUGGCAAUUUCUCGGGCAAAGUUCUGA